AUGGCUUCCCGAGUGGCCGCACAGGACUUGAUGAAGUUCUGUGAUGAACAUCCAGACUGUGGCAUUUGGUACACCAUUGCUGAGACCACGUCUCAGUUCACCUUUGCCAACUCCGAGUCGACCAAGUGCAACCAGAAGCUUGUGGUUUGCAUGCACGACCGUGAGUAUGCCGUUCAGUCUACGGAGUUUGACAUCGUCGAGCAGGGACAUGUACCGAUUCUCAUGUCUCUUCCUCAGAUGCGCAAUCUAAGUCGCAUGAUGUGGAAUGUCCGAUUUGACAAGCACAAGAAGUCGAGCUUCCUCACCUACUUCUCCCACUACGAGUAUGGUUUUCACCAGAAGAACACGGGAAGCUCUUCACAGGAAGAGGCACCCGAAAACCUCGUUUUGGUGGCAGAUGAUGAGUGGGUGAUCAAUGAAGCUGACAUGGAAUUGAUCCGCAUCCACAAGAGAGUGAGGAAGGCGAAGUUCGAACCCAAGGAUGGACAAGUGCCUAUCCCGUUGGAGUACCUGGACAACCAGCGCAAGACGAUCAUGGAAUUCUCCAAGGGCAAGAAAGUCACCAAAGAAGAUAAUUGGCGGUCUCCUGAGCUUCCUACGUCACCAAGUACUGAAUCUUGGAAAGGUAGGACAGUCUUCAAGAUUUUGCCUGGUGGUGUCGAGUCUAGGACUUCGGUACGUGCUAAUCUUCGUGAGCCCGGUCGUUCGGAGAUCGGUUCACCUGAAGACAUGAUUAGCAAGGGUAAGCCUGAAGACAGCUCAGGAAAACCAGGAGCAGCCGGAAGCUUUCCUUUGGGAAAGGAACAGGUAAAGAGGAGAGUACGCGCGAAGGGACGCGGUCCACAGGGACCGGCACCCAUUUCGUCGGCUCCUCCUCCAGCUCCUGCAGAUGAUCUGGAUCUUCAAGAUUAUGAGCCUUCUGAGCCGAAGGAAUCCGAUCUGGAUCCGCCAAAG